AUGGCUGCUUUUGCUUCGACCUCAGCAUGCCCAUUGGCCACCCUUGCUACAAUUCCCAAAGCCAGGGGAUCUAUUUCUCAGCACAAAAACUUAACUACCAUUGGAGGUCCUGUCUUUAAUGGGUUAAAGCUUAUUCCAAAGAUUCAAUUCUCAAAGGAGUCAAACAAAAUUUCCACUCGAUCUAGCUGCUUUAAGACUGCAAUUUUAUGCUCUCUUGCUGAACCUGAGACAUUGAAAACUGUCCAAAACACCAUUGCUAAGCAGUUGUCGAUUGAUGUGAGCACGGUGACUCCUGAAACCAAGUUUGCUGAUCUGGGUGCUGAUUCCCUAUUUCACGUGGAGAUAAUGGUGGCCUUAGAGGAACAAUUUGGAGUUUCAGUUGGAGAAGGUGGAGCUGAGGACAUAACAACCGUCCAAGACGCUGCAGACUUGAUUGCGAAAGUAAAGGCUGCUGCAUAGGCCGCUUAGAGAGCACAUCAUUUCCGUUACAGUACUAUGAAAAAUUUCUUUUUUUUAGUUGUUUCAUAAAUGCCACCAAAGAGAGAAAUUACAGUGAUCAAAAUUUUUCUGCAAGGUGGCAUUUUUUUCCGUUUCCAAAAGGGCAAUUUUUGUUGCGGGGUGGUCGUAAAUUGUAGCCUGUCGCUUGUCUCUUUAUUCUUCCCGUUCCUCCCCACAGGAAAAAAAUAUAUAAAGUCAAUAAAUGCAUGAUUCUAAUUGAGCUUUGUUUUUAGAGAUGCAAAAAGGAAAGUAGUCUUCAUGAGUGCACACGCACUU